AAAAAAAGCACGGAGACAACGAAUCACUGUCCCUCUCAAACCAGGCCAGGCCAGGCCUUUUUCGUUCACACUGCUUUCACUUCUCUUCUGCUUCUUCAUACUUGUAACUGAUUGUAUGCCUGGUUAAUCACUGAUGGCGAAUCAAUUUAUUGGGACGGGGAUUCAUGGCUUCCUCUCCAUGGCAGACUUGGAUGUUGCCAAUAUCAUGGAGGAAGCCAAGGCAAGAUGGCUCCGACCAAACGAGAUCUAUGCCAUCCUCUGUAACUACAGGCAUUUUCCUGUUCGCGUCAAACCAAUGAAUUUACCAGAAAGUGGCACAAUUGUGUUGUUUGACCGCAAAGUGUUGCGGAAUUUUCGGAAAGAUGGCCAUAAUUGGAAGAAGAAAAAGGAUGGGAAAACUGUCAAAGAAGCUCAUGAGCACUUAAAAGUUGGCGACGAGGAAAGAAUUCAUGUAUAUUAUGCACAUGGAGAAGACAACCCAACCUUUGUUCGCAGAUGCUACUGGCUACUUGACAAGUCUUUGGAGCAUAUUGUCCUUGUGCACUAUCGUGAAACUCGAGAGCAGCUGCAGGGUUCCCCAGCCACACCUGUAAAUUCUAAUUCUAAUUCCACCGCUCAGCAACUGGCGGCCACUUGGGCUUUGUCUGAGGACUCUGCUUCUGCAGUGCAGCAGUCGUAUUAUGCCCAACACACAACUCUAUUAGGUCGGCAAGACAGCAUGACCAUUAAAAAUCAUGAACAGAGACUGCACGAGAUCAAUACGCUUGAAUGGGAUGAUCUUUUGGUGCAUGAUGAUACACAAAAGCUGAUCACGCCACAUGAAGGAAGGACUGUAGACAUUGGAUUGCAAAAUCCGUCUCAGAUGAGUACUUACAUAAGUGUGAAAGAAGGGUUGCAAACACAGGACAGUUUUGGAAAGUGGAUGGAAAAUAUGAUAGCUGACUCUCCAGAAUCAGUAAAUGAUCAAGUGCUGGAUUCCAGAGUUUUAAUUGGAGAGGAAUCCACAGUUUUAGCUGAAGAUCAGUGUUUCACUUAUCAAAUGAUGAACAGUCUGGACCCUUCUCCGUUGGGGCAGAUAUUCAACAUAACAGAUGUUUCACCUGGAUGGGGUUUCACAACUGAGGAAACAAAGCUGUUGGUGGUAGGCUAUUUUAGUGAAGGAUAUCAACCGCCCUCUAAUUCCAAAUUAUAUCUUGUGUGUGGAGAUUCUGUUCUUCGAGCAGAAGUUGUCCAACCGGGAGUAUUUAGGUGUUUAAUUCCUCCGCAAAGCCCAGGAUUGGUGAAACUAUAUAUGAGUUUUGAUGGGCGAAACCCUAUUAGCCAAGUGGUAUCUUUUAAAUUCAGUGCUCCCAUCCCUUCGGACAAUGAAGCUAACUGGGAAGAAUUCCAACUUCAGAUGAGGCUGGCUCACUUACUUUUUUCAUCAUCUAAGAGCCUGAGUACAUAUUCCACGAAAUUAUCUCCUACUGCUUUGAAGGAAGCCAAAGCUUUUGCUCAGAAAACUUCGCACAUCAUGAACAAUUGGGUGCAACUGAGUAAAUUUCUUGAAGACAGCAAGGUGCCUUUUCCCAUGGCAAAAGAUAGGUUAUUUGAGUUGACUUUAAUGAAUAAACUACAGGAAUGGUUGCUAGAAAAAGUAGUUUCCGGGAAUAAAGUCUCUGAACGAGAUAAACAAGGUCAAGGUGUAAUUCAUUUGUGUGCUAUCCUAGGUUAUACAUGGGCGAUCUACCCAUUUUCGUGCGCUGGCCUGUCAUUGGAUUAUCGAGACAAAUUUGGAUGGACAGCUUUACAUUGGGCUGCAUACUAUGGACGGGAAAAAAUGGUGGCAGCUCUAUUAUCUGCUGGCGCAAAGCCAAAUUUAGUUACAGAUCCAACCCCAAAAUACCCUGGUGGAUACACUGCUGCUGAUCUUGCUUCUAGAAGUGGUUAUGAUGGUUUGGCGGCUUAUCUUGCUGAGAAGGCUUUAGUUGCCCAAUUUAGUGAUAUGACAUUAGCUGGUAAUGUUAGCGGAUCACUUCAAACAACAACAAAUGAGGAUGAAGGAGACGCUGGGAAUGUCACUGAGGAGGAGCUGGUUUUAAAAGAUACUCUUGCGGCUAUUAGGACUGCUGCUGAUGCAGCUGCUCGUAUUCAGGCUGCAUUCAGGGAGCACUCGCUCAAAGUCCGGACUAACACAGUUAAGUCGUCAAAUCCGGAGGAUGAAGCACGCCAUAUUAUUGCAGCAAUGAAGAUCCAGCAUGCUUUUCGCAACUACGAGGUGCAGAAAAGGAUUAAAGCUGCGGGUAGAAUCCAAUAUAGGUUUCGCACGUGGAAGAUACGCAAGGAUUUCCUCAACAUGCGGCGCCAAGCCAUUAAAAUUCAAUCUCAUUUCAGAGGAUACCGAAUGAGAAAGCAGUACAGUAAAAUAGUUUGGUCAGUUGGGGUUCUAGAGAAAGCAAUUCUGCGAUGGCGUCUGAAGAGAAAAGGCAUCCGAGGGCUGGAGAUUAAAGCUGAAGAGAAUGAAGGUGGAAAUGGAGAUGGAGAGAAUGAUGGAGAAGAGGAUUUCUUCCAAGCGAGCAGAAAGCAAGCGGAGGAGCGCGUUGAGAGAUCAGUUAUAAGCGUGCAGGCCAUGUUCCGGUCAAAACAAGCACAAGAAGCCUACAGAAGAAUGAAAUUAGAACAUAACAAAGUGAAGCUGGAAUAUGAGGAACUUCUCCACCCAGAUGAAGACAUGGGAUAAAAAGGAAGGAAGGCAGGCAGACAGGCAUGUAGAAGAAACCCAAGUAACAAAAAGCUGUGCAGUGCAGUGCAGAUAAGAGGAGGAACCAUUUAGUUAGUUAUUUGGUGCAAUUAUUUAUUAUGUCUAUGAUUAUUAUUAUCACUAUUAUGUAGGGGUGGGGUGGGGUGGGAUGAGACGGGAUGGGUGUUCCGACCACUUGACUCACUGGGGUUGUGUUGUGUUGUGCUGUGCUGUGCAUGUAUGUUUCUUAGGUGAUUAAUUGCAUGUGUAUAUACAUAUGUAUGUAUGUAAAUUCUGGUUGCUGCUGCUGCAAUGCAAUGCAAUGCUUACUGUGUGUGAGGCUGAGA